ACUAGCUACUAGUUAAUGCGACUUAUUAGCCAAUUGUGUUAGAUCAUCAGACAUAUAUAGCCUUUGCUUAUGCAACAUUUCUUUUACCAAGUAAUAUGGCUUUUAAUGAUAUUAAUGUCAAUUGUGCUUCCACAUGAUGAAUAGAAGAACAACAGUUGUACAUGCUUUGGAACAUAAUGUCAGCAUUGUUUUCCAGAGACCCCUUACUUUGUAUACUUGUAUGGAUCAGUGGUAACCUAUUGGCUGCAAAUUCAACAUGCUUUAGAUUUUGACCCUCAACUUAUACUUCUAUUUAUAGUUAUUCUAAGACAAAUUACCAAUUUGAUAAAUGUAUAGCUAGUCAACUUCAAGAGGAACUUGUGGGGUUUUCUUAUAUUGCUGCAAAUUGUGAAUAGUGGAAUUAGAUCAGUAUUAAAGGGAUAAAGAUUUUAGUAUUCCGUGUUGUUUACAUUGUCAUCGUAUUAUUUGUCGUUGCUAUUGUUCUCUUCUUCAUGGAUUCUUUGCUAUUGUAUUUUCACUUGUUUUUUUUUUUAUAUGUUUUACUUGAGCCAAGGGUCUACAAGAAAUAACAUCUCUACCUUCACAAGGUAGGGGACACACCACCCUCCCCAGAUCCCACAAUUACAUAGGGUAUGUCAUGUCAUUAUUAUGGCUGACGAUGGGCAUAGGAUUGUUGGCAGAUUAGUGUGGGAAUAACCUGGAAAGGAUUCAAAGGUUUUUUUGCUGAUGUCAUAUCUAUUAAUAGCUAAGUUGCUUGAACUCUCCAAAAAUGUUUACGCACUCGUGUUGGAUCCUUCAAAAAGACACUUUUUCUGGAGGAUCCAACACGCCCCCAUCGACAUUUUUUAAGAGUAUGAGCAACAUAUAUUAAUACUUAAUAGCAUUGAGUUUGACAUCCCAAGUUACAUAUUGAGUUUCAGAAAGAAUGUGAUAAAAUCAAGAGAUAGAAUGAUUAUGACAAACGUUUGAUAUUUUAGGCACAUGCUGGAGAGAAAAUAAAUUAAGAUGAGAAUAAAUAAAUAAAUAAAUACAGGUUAAAAACUCAAAGAAUUACUUACAUAGUCGACAUACUUUAAAUUAAUGGAUUUGAAGCACAUUUAUGAUAAAUUUGUUUGUUGAACUUAUUCAAAUAAGUGUUAUGGACCGCACCAAAGUUAGUAGCAGGAUUGUUUUUUUUAUAUGUUGUUGGGUUUUUGCUAGCACGUGAGCUAGUAAUGUUAUCAUGGAGUGUUCUUUGAGUGACAAGACACCAUUAGACGUGGUCUAGUGGUAUCUAGUAAUGAUAUCAUGGAGUGUCCCGUGGAAUGUGAAAAUUAUUGGUUUUAGUUGUAUAGGACGUCGUGAAACAGUUUUAGCGCCCUUCAUAUAUUCUGUUUUAAGACUUGAAACUGAUAUUCUUUUUCGUGAAAUGUUGUCGAACUUUUUUUCUUCUUAUAUUGGGCUAGAUAUUCUCCUUAUAUGUGUUUCCAUGGUGCUGUAAAAGUAUUGUUACCGUAGUUUAAGUUCAGCGAUUACAGGAAAAUUUUCAGCUUUAGGAGAAAAAUUGUAACUAUAUGAGUGUCACGACCCGAGGGCACCCGUAAGUCGUGACGCAGCAUAUUCGACCUCGAAGAGGUCUUAUACAAGCUCAUAGUAUUUAUUACAUAACUUCAUAUAAAAAUGGAGGGAAUUUAAAAGUUCUCUUUAAACAUAGUACGGAAAUCAUUUCAUAACAACGGAAGUCUUUUUAACAUGUGUCUCACAACCAUCUACGAAUACAUGAGUAAUAAUGUCUUUGGGACGCAACCCACAAGAGUCUGAAACAUAAUAGAAGACAUAAAGGAACAUAGGGGUUUGUCCUCGAAUGCUAUGAUGACUUAUCAAUCUUCAAUCUUCUCCAAACUUAGGAACCUAGCCUCCAAGCACUCAAAUCUUCCAAAGGCUCCUAUAUUUGGUUAGAAAUGUAGACAAAUAUGCGUUAGUACAAAGGUACUAAGCAUGAAAGCUAACAUAUAAAACAUAAGAUAUCUCAAAGGGUUGGUCAAUAUAAGACUUAAUCAUAAGAGAUAAUAGCAUAAUCAUAGCAUGAAUAUCAUAUCAUAAUAAAUCAACAUAAUACUUACAUAAUAUCAUACUUAUCCUUGAGUCUCUCCUAGACAAGUGAACUACUUCCCAAGCCACUUCCAGGUAUACUUGUGCAAGGCCAAGGUAGUAUCACCUAGGCUAAGUACUUCUUUUUGGUCCUUCUUGAUCAUAAUUCACCCUCAUAUUCAAGACUUAAGUCCACAAAUUAUAAGAGUACUAUACCCCUAAGCCACCUCAAGGCACACUUGUGCAAUGCAUGUGAGGUGCCCCAUAAUACCACACACACUAAGCAUAUCUUGAAGUCACUCUAUUCAUAUUAACCAUCUUUAGGUGUCAUCUUAGACCUACUUCCUAUUGACAAGGAACUACCAACCUAGGUCAAUCAUGUCAUGACAACUAAAGCAACUAUCCAAGCUAGUCAUACAUCACAUAAGGAGGUCAUUUCAUAAGUAGCUUCAAGUCAUACUUGUGUCAUGUAUGAAUGACAUCCCAUACUACCCUUCAUACUAAGUACUUCUUUAGGCUAACCUAAUCCGUGCUAAUUUAUUUUUAUUCUAGUCUGUUAAGCUUAGCAUAAUAACAUAAUAGACCUACUACCAUAGAAAACAUCAUAAAAUACAAUCCAAGCUAAGAAAGGAAGGAUAUAAGAAUAUCAACCCAACCACCAUGCAACCAUUCAUGUAGAUGUAAGCUAUCCGUAGGGGAGGCAUAAGUCCUUAACCCUAAGCUAUCCUUAGGAGAGUGAACAUCUCAAUCCUAAGCUACCAUGAAGUGGUCUUGGCCUAACCAAAUCAAGCUUCCAUGAAGAUGCUCUAGUCAUGCUACUUCAAGCUAACCCUAGGAGAGUAUCGAUCCUCCAUUCUAGGCUACCUUGCCUACUACUAAUGCAAAUUACCAUGAACAAGCAUUAUACUAAAUGCAAGACCAAGCUAAACAUGACAGAGCUUACUUGCUCAAUCCCAAGCUAUCAUGACAUACACUAUCCCAAGCUACCAUGAGAUCUACCAUCCCAAGCUACAUAAUUCAACUAUCCAUGAGGGAACCAUAAGACUUAACCUCAAGCUAUUCUAUUACAACAAGCAUGAUUCAUUUUAGGUGAUUAACUUUCACAUUCUACUACGUGCAAGCUACUCAUCAUAUUAGACUCAUUCUAUAAGCCCUAGUGAUCAACAUUAUGACUUCAAGCCCUACAUUCAAAUCAUACUAGUUUAAUUUCAACACACAUUAGUUCUAAGCCUUAGUCAUAAGCCAAUAUUCUAAGCAUACUUCAUCAUAAAGUCCCAAUUCUAAUCCAUUCAAUUCACUUUCUAUCAUACAUGCACACAUCUAGUUUAAUUGAUGAUUUCAUAAUUCUAUUCUACAUAUGAACAAUUCAAGAGAAUCUAUCAAGAAUAAUCAAUUUCUCAUUCAAAGCCUAAACCCACAUAAUCUAGAAUUUAGGGUUAAUCGUGAAUUCAACAUAAAUCCUUCAUAAUCACAUGAAUCAACAUCAACUUAAUCAUAUAUGGGAAGAAUCCAACCCUUUGGAAUCAUACCCACGUAAUUCCGAUGCAUUGGAAUCAACCUUACCUUGGGGUUCUUCUUCACAAAAUAGGGAAAUCUGGGGGACUCUAUGGGUGGAAGAACCCAUAGAUGAAGAGCUUUACAUACCUUGAUUAUCUUCUUAGAACAAGCCUAAAGCAAAUUCCCCUUUGUUCUUGACUCUAGCUUCAACCCUAAACUUCUUCUUCGAUGGAGAUUUUGAGAGAAUUUGAAAGUGAAGAGGGAUUUGAAAUUUUGAUUUCUAAUUGGGUAAUUGUGUUUUUGAUUGGGGAAUGGGUGUAUAAUGACUUAAAACCGUAUAUAUUAUGCCCCCCAAUACCCAAAACACCCCUACAUUAUUUGGACUUCAAACUAAAAGUCCAACUUGACUUUAAAAUGACGCGACCAAAUCUGGGAAGCCUCUACACGACGCGCAGGCACCUCGAAAUCUGCCUCGUGAAUUAUUUUUCGAGGGAGAGGACUCUGUGUCAAGCCCGCUUCGCAGGCCAAUUUUUUUGGCCUUUGAGUGACAAGAUGCGCUAAGCCGCCAACAGCUCCAAAAACCUGCUGCCCUGGCAGCUUCUUUGGCCAACGUUUGGGUCUUCCUUGAGGACCCUUAGGGUGGUCCUCGGGGAGUCGUACGGUACCCAAAUGUUUUGACGCUAAACAUGUCAUAUAGGUGUAGGAACCCUUUGUACUCAAUUUCACCUCCAUACCACAGUCAAAAACUCAACUACAAGGCCCUACGUCACACUAGUUUAACUAGGCUAGUUUCCGGGCAUCAUGGUCGUUUCUUGACGCUUUACUUCUAAAAUUUUCAAAUUAAGAUAAUUGCAUUAGAUUAGGUCUAGAAACAACAAUUUUUAACCCUUUUUAAGUUAUUAGACCUCACGUAGGACUUUAGCUUAGGUCAUACGAUUUCCGGGUUGUUUCAAUGAGUUCCUUUGCAAUUAUGUAGUGUGGGAGCUUAUUCGAUUGAGCAUAGAGACUUUCAUUCUUACAUUUUUUGUUAUGCUAGUUGCAUUGGAUCUAGAAAUCCGUUACCAGUUGAUAGAAGGAAAAGAGUAAGGUUUAGGCGUUACCCAAUAGUUGGUGAACCCGACGUUGGUAAUGUAUUGAGGCUGCUCAGUCUAAAUUUGGAUAUUAGUUUCUGUAGUUGCAACUCUGACAAUCUUAUAUAACUUUGUUUGAUGCAACCUAUUGAUGCACUUUUGUUUGAGCCAUCUUGGACCAUAUUAUUGGGCAUUAUAUUAUAUUUCUGUAGUAGCAGCUCUGUUUCUUAUUUUUCGUUUCUUGAUUUUGUGUGAUGUCACUUUUUGAAAAGAGGUGAUUCUCAAAAUGAAAUUGAAUAGUGAUACUAAUGAAAUUGGACAUUAAAUCAAAUGGCCCAAUAAAAUAUUAACUCUUCUGGGGGCCCAAAAUAAGAACUGAAGCUUCCAGAUCAAAUCAUUCAUAGCCACGAAAGACUGAUCUGUUGUCGUCUUGUGGAAGCGAAAGCUAGUCAAUUCUGCUGAUCACUAACUUUUCUUCCCUUCGAGCGAACUGCCAGUGAACACCAUGUAAGCUCAAUAACAUGUUCUCCAAUUCCAAUUAAAUACCAAACCCAUAACACAUCCACAAACAUAAAUUCAACUCCAAUUUUCCCCAAUCUAUCCUCGCUGAAAUGGAAAAAAAAUCCGGUAAAAAAUCUCAUCUCCGAUCUGGAAAUUCCGUUACAUAUGACUCAUCCUACCCCAUCUACGCCAUGGCUUUUUCCUCCUUCACUUCUUCCCUCCCCAAUCGCCACCCUCGAAUUGCCAUCGGCAGCUUUAUCGAAGAGAUCAACAAUUGUGUUGAUAUUCUCUCUUUCGAUGCAUAUAACCUAACCCUUAAGCCUAUUCCAAAUCUCUGUUUCGAACACCCUUAUCCACCUACGAAGCUCAUGUUCCAUCCUAAUCCUUUUGAUUCUCUCAAGUCGAAUGACAUUCUUGCCUCUUGCAGUGACUAUCUCCGUCUUUGGGAAGUUGGCGAUACUUCUAUUAAAGACCUCGUCACUUUCAAUAAGAAUAAAAAUAGUGAGUACGUUGCCCCUUUGACGUCUUUUGAUUGGAAUGAUGUGGAGCCCAGAAGAAUUGGUACUUCCAGUAUAGACACUACUUGUAUCAUCUGGGAUGUUGAAAUAGGGGCUUUUGAAACUCAAAUUAUAGCCCAUGAUAAAGAGGUUUACGAUAUAGCUUGGGCUGAAGCUGCGGUUUUUGCUUCCGUUUCUGCUGAUGGGUCAGUUCGGAUUUUUGAUUUGAGGAUGAAGGAUUAUACUACAAUUAUUUAUGAGAGUCCAGAACCGGGCACUCAGUUGUUGAAGCUGGCUUGGAACAAGCACAACUUAAGAUAUCUGGCUGUCAUGUCGGAUAGCAACAAGAUUAUGAUUUUAGAUAUGAGUUCUCCAGGAAGGCCUCUGGUGGAGUUGGCUAGGCAUCAGGCGAGUUUCAAUGCUAUUGCUUGGUCUCCACAGAGUCAGCGACAUAUUUGUUCGGCUGGGGAUGACGGGCAGGCGCUCAUUUGGGAGUUGCCAACUGUUGAAAGGCCUAAUGGGAUUGAUCCUAUGGCAAUGUACUCUGCUGGAGCUGAGAUUAAUCAAAUUCAGUGGUCUGCUGCGCACCAUGAUUGGAUUGCCAUUGCGUUUUCUAACAAGCUGCAAUUGCUUAAUGUAUAAGGCAAUUGGAUGAUUUAAUUUUUCCUUGUGGACUAUUGGAAGACUUGAUUUUCUACCUUCUUUGUAAGAGAUACAAAAACUUUUGCCUCUGCUCAUGAAGGUGGUGGGAUUAUACUUUUUUUCAGGCACUUCAGUAGCACCAUUUGGAAAAAUAAAAUCUGCAGUUUAUAACUUUUUUUUUCUUUCUAUUAUCUAGUAAGCAGUAAGCAUCAAUUUGAAAACCAAGUGUAGUGGAAAAUGAUAAAGCAAACUUGUUAACUGUGUGUGUUGAGAUAUUACCUAACUGUUCUUCAAUAUUAAGUAACUUGAAAGUUGGUUCUGAAUCUUUUAUUAA